AGCGUUGCCCGACUUCCGUUUAAACCAAUCAUCUCAAGGCGCAUGCGGGUCGGCUUCACGCUGGAAAAUGGCGGGGAGGUUGGAGCUUCUGGAAGUGGAGCCGCCGGAGGUCGCGUCGGAGGCUGAAGGUCAGACCAAGUCUUCAAAGAAGACUGAAGAUUUGCUGGAAAUGGUGAAAAAGCUGCAGAAAGAGGGUAGCCUGGAGCCACAGAUCAAAGAUCUGAUCAACCGGAUUAAUGAACUUCAGCAAGCAAAGAAGAAAUCCAGCGAGGAACUGGGAGAAGCCCAAGCUCUCUGGGAGGCCCUGCAUAAGGAACUGGACUCCUUGAAUGGAGAGAAAGUGCACCUAGAGGAGAUUUUGAGCAAAAAGCAAGAGGCACUGAGGACCCUCCAGCUGCACUGCCAAAGGACGGACCGUGAGGCCCAGAGGUUGCAUGUGGAAGAACAGCUGGAGGAUUUGAUAGGCCAGCACAAGGACCUCUGGGAAUUCCAUGUGAGCCCUUAUCAUUGUUACCAGCCAAAGCCACUCCUCCCCUGGCUUCAGUGUCUCUGCCAGCCUACCCAGGGUCCAUCUACUGCUCAGGCCCAAUGCUGUGAGGUAGUCCUUGACUCCUUCCUUCCUCUAACCCCCUCAACUUAGUCCUUCAGCUUCUGCCUUAAGCCUAGCCACUUCUUACCAUCCCCCACUGCCACACCCAGCAUCCGUGGCCGAGACCCUUACAGUAGCCAUCGCUGAGCGUGCUGCCCUCAUGCUCACCAUAAGAGUGCUCAUCUUGCUGUGGAAAGUCAUUCCUUCGUUCAGCUAAUGUCACUAGAUGCGUCCGGCAGCAUUCCAAAGGGACCAAGUCUUUGCUGUCCCCAAGCUGGCUGGGGGUGAGGGGAGCUGUACCCAGACUCUAAAAAAUAAAAUAAGUAGAUAGAUCAUGUUAUGCCACUUGGGAAGUCCUCUCUGAGCAGGUGACAUCUGAACACAGGAAGGAAGGAAGGAAGUGAGGAAGUCAUCUGAGUAAAUGUCCUUUGGAGGCUGAACUGUGCCUGUUGUAUUUGAGGAGAAAACUAUAGGGGUGAGGGUGGGGUGGGAGUGUGGGAAGACAUGAAGUUUGAGAACAUGGUGAGCUAUUGAGGGGAAAAGCAUCCUCACCGGCGCCCGGCCAUAUCACAAGCUGCACAUUGAAUUAAUAGAUAGCUGAACGAAAGAACGCCCGAAUUCAGGUAAGGACUUU